GUAGUAUAAGUAGAAACAUUGGGACGCAACGCCACGCGUUGUGUUUCACUAAUAAGUGUCCGCCCCCUGAAUCUCGCCUCUGGUUGGUGAGAAAGUAGUUCCGCCCCCGGUCGCCAUGUAUCGCUCCGCACGGAACCUGCAGCUCUUCAGCGCGGCUCUGUCGAACCCGCGGGCCGCUCAGAGAUCCAGCAGCCUCCGGAACAUCUGCCCUGCGCCGGGACUCCUGCACAGCCCGCACAGCCCGCUCAGAAUGGCCAGCUCCGAGUCGUUCAGGAUCGAGAGGGACACGUUCGGGGAGCUCAGAGUCCCUUCUGAUAAAUAUUAUGGAGCUCAGACGGUCAGAUCAACCAUGAACUUCAAGAUCGGAGGAGCCUCAGAGAGAAUGCCAAUUCAGGUGAUCAAAGCCUUCGGGAUCCUGAAGAGAGCUGCUGCAGAAGUGAAUAAAGAUUACGGUUUGGACACGAAGAUCGCAGACGCCGUCAUACAAGCUGCUGAUGAGGUGGCUGCUGGGAAGCUGGAUGAUCAUUUCCCGCUGGUGGUUUGGCAAACAGGAUCCGGAACGCAGACUAACAUGAACGUCAAUGAGGUGAUCAGUAACAGAGCCAUCGAGAUUCUCGGAGGAAAACUGGUAUACAUGAUGAUAUUUUUUAAUUUAUUUAUUUAUGUUAAUUCAUUUAGCUCUAAUGACACGUUCCCCACUGCCAUGCACAUCGCUGCUGCUAAAGAGGUGCAUGAGGUUCUUCUGCCGGGUCUUCAGACGCUGCAUGACGCUCUCGCUGCUAAAGCUGAACAGUUCAAAGACAUCAUAAAGAUCGGCCGCACACACACGCAAGACGCCGUGCCGCUCUCUCUCGGACAGGAGUUUGGUGGAUAUGUCCAGCAGGUGAAGUACAGCAUCGAGCGGGUGAAAGCAGCCAUGCCUCGUGUGUAUGAGCUGGCAGCGGGCGGCACUGCGGUCGGCACCGGACUCAACACGCGCAUCGGCUUCGCUGAGAAAGUAGCAGAUAAAGUGGCUGCGCUCACAGGUCUUCCGUUCAUCACGGCGGCUAAUAAGUUCGAGGCUCUGGCGGCCCACGAUGCACUGGUGGAGCUGAGCGGCGCUCUGAACACCGUCUCCGUCAGCAUGAUGAAGAUCGCCAACGACAUCCGCUUCCUGGGAUCCGGACCUCGCUCGGGUCUCGGAGAGCUGAUCCUGCCCGAGAACGAGCCCGGCUCCAGCAUCAUGCCCGGGAAGGUGAACCCCACGCAGUGUGAGGCCAUGACUAUGGUAGCAGCUCAGGUGAUGGGAAACCACGUGGCUGUUACUGUCGGAGGAAGCAACGGACACUUUGAGCUCAAUGUGUUCAAGCCGAUGAUCAUUAAAAACGUGCUGAACUCUGCCCGGCUGCUGGGCGACGCUUCGGUUUCAUUCACUAAUAACUGUGUGUCUGGAAUCGAGGCCAAUACAGAGAGAAUCAACAAACUUAUGAACGAGUCUCUGAUGCUGGUCACGGCUCUGAACCCUCACAUAGGUUAUGAUAAAGCCGCCACUAUUGCAAAGACGGCGCACAAAGAGGGCUGGACUCUGAAAGCCACGGCCGUGAAGCUGGGAUUCCUGACGGAGGAGCAGUUUGAGCAGUGGGUGCGACCGCAGGACAUGCUGGGACCCAAAUAGAUCAGAAGCUCGUGGGAAUGCUGCCUCUGUACAAUAAAAGACCUGUUCU